AUGUCUGUAGAGCACCCUCACCAGGAUGUGACGGAAAUGGUGAGCAGAGCUUGUACCCUGUGCGUUUUACUGCUUACUGCAAGCAGUUGAACGAACCAGUUGUUAGCACUACGGGCCUCUACAACAAGUGCCCCCAACUCGGCAGUGUGCUAAACAAAAAUACCAGUCGGUAUUUGAAUUUAUCCACACUUUUUUAUGUGAUUCCUGUUAGAUUCUGACUCGUAAUUUGCCUGUUACCGGCCACAGAUUAUACUUUAUCAUCAGUUACAUUUUGGGCUUAUGCUAGCAUUCCACCUGUUAUGGAGAUGGCCUACUCAUCAAAUGAAAUGGAGUUCAAGGAACGUCUGAUCAGAACUGUAAAAAAAGAGGUUAAACAGAUCAUGGAAGAAGCAGUGACCCGCAAGUUUGUGCACCAAGACAGCAGCUCCGUGACAUCACUAUGCGCGGCCGUGGAGGGCUGUUUAAGUCAUGGACUGCGCAGAAGAGCACUGGGUUUAUUUCGUUCAUCAUCAACAACGGCUUUGAUGCAUAAAAUUGCCAAAGCAUACCCUCCAGCUGGGACUAUUUCCAAACUGAUUAUAGAAGCCGAAUCUGCUGACGGAGUGAAGAGAUCAUCUUCUAGUGGGGACAGCAUCACCAGGAUGCUUUCUUGUGGAGGAACAGGUGGAGGAGUCAUCAAGCCUGUGCUACAAAAAAGAAAUUCAGGGUCAUGGUUGGCCAAAGGGACUACUGCGCAAAAGUAUCUUUGGAUCCGAUUGGCUCUUUUCGAACGGAGUUUGGCAGGAAUCAUUGAGCACAUAGUUGAAAGUCAUUCCAAAUACUACGAGAAAGACGCUCUCGUGGCGGAUCCGGAAUACGGCUCUCUUUUGGGUCAUCUACUCGCUGGUCCCUGCGCUCUCGAAUUCACCAAAAUGAAAGUUAAGGAUCAUUAUUGGACGGACCCCCCGGCUGAUGAACUCGUCCAGAGACACCGCAUAUCUAGCUGCGUAUCAGCUGGUGCCACUUCGCCAGCGAACCGACGUCCAGGCCUGAACUACCGGAAGAUUUUACCAGGAGGAGGCAGUAGUGACGUUGAAUGCAUUGGUUCCGUGGGAAGCCGAAACUGUUCCGCUAAUUCGACGGCGAAGAAUUAUGUAGAAUCUCUUCACCAGAACAACAAAAUGAUUCUUCUUUACGGCAAGAACAAUGUCCUCGUCUUAGCGAGCGAAAUGGUGGAACCAAUUCCUGGCUACCUUUCCUUGCACCAUACCAUAGAAUCACUGACGCUAAAAUGGACGCCGAACCAGUUAAUGAAUUGUGGGACAACAGAUUCAGAUGGGAUCGACAAAAGCAUAUUUUGGAACUAUGCCCUACACAUCAACUUGUAUGACAUAGUCUACGUUCACUGUCACCAGAAAGUUUGCUCUUUAGGCAGUGGAUUAGGCGGAAGUAUGGUGCUUGUUGGACAGGAUGGAGUCCAGUAUCCAGCAAUUCAUUUUCCCGCCGGAGGUCACAUGUUGGCCUUUCUAACCUGCUUAGAAACUGGAUUGUAUCCACAAGGUCGACUUGAUCCACCACUCUGGACUCAAACGGAUAAAGGAAAGGUUUUUCCAAGAAUAAAAAGGAGAGGACAUUUGAAUGGGGACGAGUUCCUUGCAACAACGACUUACAGUCCGACUGAAAACAAUGGCAACGAGGAAGAAAAUUUGGAUGACGCAACAGUUUCAUCGGACUACGUUUUUCGGAUCGUCACGGCUGUGAGCGACGAUUUUGAUUUCGACCAUAAUGCAGAGUUAUUCCGAGAGACACUUGAUGACAACGCUUCGGUAUCCCAAGAAGCAUCCGGCAACCUCUGUCGAGGUGGACCACGUCCGCCCCGGUGGUGGCCAGCUAACCAAAUCCAACCAUUCAACUCAACAGAUUCAAGUGGUAGCUCGUCUUCUUCUAAAAGUUUCAUCUCAAGUAUAAGUGUUGCGGAGCAAACAAGUCCUAGUACAGUCAACUCUGUAUUUUUGGAGACGACUGCGGGUUCCACUCCCAUGGAAUCGUCACCUAUAGUUAUAUUCCAAAAUUUUCGGAAACGUGGAAAGUCUUUGCAACUGCUUUGCGAAACCAUGAAGCGACAAAUCAUUUCGAGAGCCUUCUACGGCUGGCUCGGGCACUGCAGGCAUCUGCGCAUCGUGAGGACCCAUCUUUCUGGAUUAGUAAAUCAUAAAAUUAUUCCACAUGUAUGUAAUGGAAUCAACGAAGAAAACUGGAAAUGUUUGUUUGUCGAUGGUGUUGUACGUGAUUCAUAUGAAUUAUUUCGCCUGACGUACUACGGAGGAAUAUCACAUCAUCUACGCAAACAGGUUUGGCCGUACUUACUUGGUCACUACCCAUUUGGAAGCACGCCAGAUGAGCGGCUCAUGCAGAACAGAGCAAUGCAAACAACUUAUGAAACAACAAUGUCCGAAUGGCUUGCCGUGGAAGCUAUUAUACGUCAGCGGGAUAAAGAAAACAUAGCUGCUAGUCUUGCAAAACUUUCUUUUGGCUCCCAGGGUGGGGACCCCCCUUUUGACGGCCAUUUGGAAGGCCAUUUGGAAGGCCAUUUGGAAGGCCAUUGCAGAAGGUUGAGCAAUGAGGUUUUCGACUGUGAAGAAACAGAAACUGAUACAUCCGAAAUCGACAAAAGUGAGUUGAAAACUACAUCAACGGACAUCACUAUCGAAAACUUAGGUUCAGAGGAAAAGAAUGAAAGCAAAGACGUGUGCUCGACAGGCGUUGCUCUGGUCAAAGUAAUAACAACCCAUCCCUCUUCAGGCAAUGAAACAGCUUUAGUGAGCACACAACUACAUCAACCUUCGACGGUAGAGCAUCAGUGUGCGGCAAACCAUCAAAAUGGUUUAACCAUGGUCGAAAUUAAUUCAGCAAAAGAGACAAGCCUCAAUCUGCCUAAUCUGUCUACUGAUGACGGCCUAGAUCGCUGCAGUAUAGGAUCACGUUCGUCUUGCGUUUCGCCUGUAAGCUCGCAGGGUGGAAUUUACACGGCGGAACUGUUGGAAAAGUAUGGUCUUAAUCUACACAGAAUUGAAAAGGACGUUCAGCGAUGUGACAGGAAUUACUAUUACUUCACACCUGCUAAUCUUGAAAAACUCCGGAAUAUUAUGUGCACAUAUGUUUGGUGCCACCUUGAUAUGGGUUACAUGCAAGGCAUGUGUGAUCUGGUUGCUCCAUUACUUGUCAUUUUUGAUGACGAGGCUUUAACAUAUUCAUGUUUUUGUGAGCUAAUGAAACGAAUGUCUGAAAAUUUUCCACAAGGCGGCGCUAUGGACAGUCAUUUUUCUAAUAUGAGAUUACUCAUUCAGAUCCUUGAUACCGAAAUUUAUGACCUGAUGCAUCAAAAUGGGGACUACACCCAUUUCUAUUUCUGUUAUCGCUGGUUUCUCUUGGACUUUAAAAGAGAGCUUGCGUACGAAGAUGUCUUUCUGGUAUGGGAAACCAUAUGGGCGGCGCGUUCAAUUUCUUCUCCACAUUUCGUUCUCUUCGUUGCAUUAGCAUUAGUUCAGCACUACCGUGAAAUCAUUCUAGCCAAUGCCAUGGAUUUCACUGAUAUAAUCAAAUUUUUUAAUGAAAUGGCUGAACGGCAUGACACCAAAAUCAUUCUGCAAAUGGCACGGGAUUUAGUACUUCAGCUUCAAAUGCUAAUCGACGAUAAAUAGCCAACCUGCCAUAUGGAUCUGAAGAAAAAAAUUGUCGUGGUUGUAAAAUUUUAUAGUUUCAUAUCUGUUCUUGUUGUUCUCGAAUUUACGUCAAACUGAGACAAAAAUGCAGACAUUUUCGUGAAACACAUCUAGUUUUACUGAGCGAUAUUUAAUUUAAUACAUGAUUUUAUUC